UUUUAGACAAUGCCCUAUCGUGCAGAGCUAAAACGUCCCGAUUUGAAAGGCUCAUUUCCCUGCUCGAUUUGCCAAAAAGUAUUCUGCCACAGUUCGUCUCUGAGUCGUCACCGGAUGCAGGCUCACUUUAAAAGCUACACCUGUACCACUUGCAACAACGAAAUUCCAAGCAACGAUACACUACGCAGUCACAUGUAUCGAGUACACAACAUUACCCGAAUGUUUAUGUGUCGGUGUUGCAAUUGGGCUUUUCCCGACAAAACAAGUCUUCACAUCCAUAUGCAGAGUAUGCUGAAAAAUGGGACACCGGGGGAAGCGGCUGUUUUAGCUAAGAGUUCAGAUGUUGUAGAUAGCACAUCCGAGUCGGGCUCCCCGCGUCAGUCUCCACCCUUCUCGCCUGAUUUGUUGAUGCAAAAGCGUAUGUUACAAGUUGCUGCAAACAAUAACAACAUUGGAUCCAUUUUCCCGACACUGCUCAAAAGCCCCGACUCCAAAUCGAUGUUCCCCCUGGAUCUUUCUAACAUGGGUCCUUCACAGUUCCUCUCAGCGUGGCUUGCCAACAAUCCCAUCAACACGGCGGCCCUUAAUCUGGCAGCGCAACAAACACCGUCCAAAGAUUCCAUCCAGUCUUCUAAUAUUAGCGAUUAUGACGACUUAGAAGUGCAGACAACUGAAGAAGACAUCAAAUUUGAAGUGGAAAGCAGUGAUGUCAGCCCUCGGUCAGUCAUUGUCAAGACUGAACCAACUUUCAAAAGAGAACUGGAACACGAUGCUGAUAUUGAUGUGGAAGGCGAUGAUGGCGAACCACCAUUGAAAAUGACGAUUGAUGACAAAAACAUCCACAUUUCCCAUGAUCAGCCUUCUCCAACGGUUUCGGAUUCUCACAUCAGUGGUGGAUCGUCUAGUCAUUCGGGCGAAAGUUUGAAAUGCUUUGAUUGUCAGGUAGCCAGAGGGAAGCUUGUUGCAGUUGAGGACAAAUGUCGUGCCUAUGAAAAGACCAUUAGAGAGUUGCAAGUUCAAGUGGAUUUCCUCCGCAAAAUUCAACCGAAUCCGAUGCCACCCGUGAUGCUGCCUCCUCCGAUGAUGCCUAUGCCAUCUCCAGGGCCGAACAAUCUAUUUCAAAAUCCUGCGAUGAGAAUGUUGUUGAACAAUUUGAUUCACAUGAACCGUCCCUCAGUGGUUCCCUAGAUCCAAACGAUUUCAAUUUCUUUAUUUCCGAUUUUGAUGGUGUCAUCAAAUCUAGUUGAACCACGUAGUCAUUUUCAUUCCUUGUUUCUAAUCAGCAUUUUGAGCCAUUGAAAUACAACAAUCCUUUGAGCAAUUUCCGAAAUACUCUGAAUCAAAGAACCAACAGCUUUUAAAGCGGUUUUGGUUGGCUUUUAAACUAAUUGUCGUUUAUAUCUUUGUACAUAAUGCCUAUUCUCGUAGCUACUUCUUAUCUUUGCAUCCAAAUAUUUCAAACUUCCAAAAAAAAUCAGAGUGCUCUCAUUCCUGACAAUUGUAUUUACCGCAAUCUUAGAAACUGGUGGACAUUUUCCAAACAAUCCGAAUCUACUUUACUUUUUUGUUGCAAUAGCUUCAAUAAAACGUAGCCUUAAAUGCACUCAGCGAUUUACCUAGAACGUCCUUUACAUUACUUCAUUGUUCUAAAUGUUUCCUUUUUUAUUUCUUCUGGUCCUUUUCUUGACUUUUAUAGCAUUACCCUUUUUUCCCGCCUUGACUUUUUCCUUCCCUCAAUGAUUUCAUUUCAUUAUAUUUGUGAUAAAUAAUUUUCAAAGUUCAAAA